GCGCCGUCACUCGCGUCCCAGCCGUGGUCCACUCAGCUCGACUCUUCUCGACUCAGCUCGACUCAGCGACUCUACUCGACUCUUCUCCGCCUUGACUCACUAUGAAGGUGACGCUGCUCCUUCUGGCGCUGGCGGCAGUGGCCGCGGCAGCAAUCGUCGAGAAGCCAUCUGAUGAUUCGGAUUCCGGGCCGGGCAAGUUUCUUUUGGUUGCUCACCGGCGUAAGACGACUACGGUGACGUCACAUUUAAUGCUGACUACCACCGUCACCGUGCCCUACCGCUGUGACUUCACACCGAGCCUCAUCGCGUGUACUGGAACCGGUAGGCGCAGGAGGUCUGCCAAGGCCAAGGCAGCAUCAGCACCCAGCGAUGAAAAGGAGCCAGACGUUGAAAUGGAGCCAAACGCCGAAAUGCAGUCCAACGCCGAAAUGCCACCGAACGCUGAGACAGAGAUACCGUCCAACACUGAGAUGGAGUCCAACUCUGGCAUUCAGCUGGACAGCUCGAUGCAGCCGGCUGACGGAGCCGGCGAUAGCGCCCGACUGCUGAUCCACACCCGGAUCACUGAAACAUACACCAGCACCAUUGGCACCAGGACGGUGUCCGUCACCAACUCAGCCAGCACCGAGUACGUCGCCUUUGCGUCAUGUUCGGCGACAGACUACGCGGCUACUCGACUACCACUUUGCCCGGAGCCAUAAACUUCAGCCAGCGCCUGGCUGCCGGUUAACACGGCUCGUUAACCCGAGUUAACACGCAGGCUUUUAACCCGUGUUAACCGGUGCCGUGGCAAGGGUCUCAGUUUUUGACAGCUCGCCACAGUGGUACCUAGGGGACAUGGCUGCCACCAAGCCAGCACUUCGGUAGGGACUGGCGAGCGCGUGGUUGGGAUCGGAAGCUUGUCUCCUGCUCAUGUUCGGCCGUUUUGAUGCUGUUGUCGACGACGGGAAC